AACGUGGUUGGGGUAGGUGUUCUGAGAAAUAGCCAAUAAGGGAGUCGGUUGUUCCUAGAGCCAACGUCUUAAGUUCUUAACAAUGGCCCCAAGGGGAUUGGUGCUCUAUCUCCUAUCGGGUUUCUCUAUGGCUAUUCUCUCGGUUCUAUUCGUCAGCCAUCCGAAUUAUAAUAACUCGUACCAAAACGGGUUGACAUCUACAAACCUCGCUCUACCGCACUCCCUGUAUGGAUCCAUCACCAAAACUGUUUGGCCCGAAUUAGAGUUCAGUUGGAGAAUUGUGUUGGCGACGGUGAUAGGAUUUCUGGGAUCGGCUUGUGGAACUGUGGGUGGAGUGGGAGGGGGAGGCAUUUUUGUUCCUAUGCUUACUUUGAUCGUUGGGUUCGAUACCAAGUCUGCUGCUGCGCUUUCUAAAUGUAUGAUAAUGGGGGCAUCCGCAUCAUCAGUCUGGUACAAUCUAAGAGUUCUACAUCCAACAAAGGAAGUGCCAAUCAUAGAUUACGAUCUUGCUCUUCUCUUCCAGCCCAUGCUCAUGCUUGGCAUCACCAUUGGUGUCGCGCUGAGCGUCGUCUUCCCCUACUGGCUCAUUACCGUCCUCAUCAUUAUUCUCUUCUUGGGAACCUCAUCAAGGUCUUUCUUCAAGGGAAUUGAGAUGUGGAAGGAAGAGACUGUUUUGAAGAAAGAAAUAGCCAAUAGACGAGAAACUGUGGUCAACUCUCGUGGUGAACUUCUGAUAGACACCCAGUAUGAGUCAUUGGUGCCUAGAGAAGACAAAGCUCAAAUGCAAAUAUUAUGUCUCAACCUCAGGUGGAAAAGGAUUUUGGUGCUACUACUUGUAUGGGUAUCUUUCCUAGCCUUGCAGAUCGUCAAGAAUGAUGUAGAGGUUUGCAGUGCAUGGUAUUGGGUGCUCUUCUGCGUACAGUUUCCCAUAGCACUCGGAGUGUUUGGGUAUGAAGCAGUCAAGCUGUACAGAGAACACAAGAAGAGGAAGAGGACGGGUAAUGCUGAAUCAAUUUGCGAGGCUUCCAUCGAAUGGACUGUAACGCACAUUGCCUUCUGCUCGCUCUGUGGGAUCUUGGGAGGCACCGUUGGGGGCCUACUUGGUUCUGGUGGUGGAUUCAUUCUAGGUCCGCUACUCCUUGAGAUUGGUGUCAUCCCCCAGGUGGCAAGUGCAACAGCAACAUUUGUCAUGACGUUCUCUUCAUCCUUGUCCGUGGUGGAGUUUUACCUUCUCAAGAGGUUCCCUAUUCCCUAUGCUCUAUACCUCACGUCGGUGUCUGUUUUAGCUGGCUUUUGGGGACAGUUCUUCAUAAGAAAACUAAUCACAAUUCUUAGAAGAGCAUCAGUUAUUAUAUUCAUUCUCUCUGGCGUCAUCUUUCUUAGCGCUCUCACAAUGGGGAUCAUUGGUAUUGAGACUAGCAUCGAAAUGAUACGCAAUCACGAGUUCAUGGGAUUUUUAGGGUUCUGUAGCAGUCAGUGAUCCCUAGCAAGGCUUAGAGAUGGAUGGUAACGGAAAGUGGUAGAAACAGAGGUGAAAGUUACAAGAAGAAGCUAGUAGCGGAGGAGCCUUGGCCAAUACCUAGUUGACCCACCCUCUCCUCCAAAAAACAAAAAUCAUAGAAUCUGCAAUGAUCAAGCAGUAAAGGUAUGGUUUUCAUGUGUAGCGUGUAGAUCAGGGUGGAGGCUGUGUUGUGUGUGUUAGCUACUGGCUAACUCCAUCCGCUACCUUGCCUCUAGCGAUAAAGAGAUUGCAUAAAAACAAUCUUACAAACCGACGUGAUUUAUCAGAUUAUAAAGUUAUUUUUAUUAUAAAUCUAACCGAAUUAGAUGAAGCUAAAUCAGUUUGUAGAAUUGCUUUUGUACAAUUCUUUUGUGGAUGUAUCAAUACUCUUAGAUAUAUCUUCAAAUAUUGCCAUUUAGAAUA